GGAGGGAAUAUCAAUCAUUGGUGGGCGGAAGGGACGAGGAUGUAGGUUACGCGGAAUGUUGCUUGCGGCCUAUAUUUGUGUUAGGGCGACGGUGUGCAGCGGCAACCGCUGAUUAUUUUUCUCGCGGUUGUUGCGUAUUGUCGGCGCUCGACGGAUUGCGGGGGAGCCAAAAGUGACGAUUUCACCUGUGCUUUUGAUGCGCUAGCCGACGCCUAGGAGAUAUAGCAUAUUUACAUUGAAGAUUGAGAUAAUAAUAGCAACAGCUUUUUUUAAGUACAUCAGGAAGUCAUAUAAGAGAAAAUAUAAAGGUCAAGAUGUACUGCUGGAAGUUAUUCGAUGUACUCUUCCCGCACCCUUUGUAUAGGGCUACGGGGGAUUGCUUCCUGGUGUUGUGCUUUCAUCGAAGAUGGGUUCCCCUCCGAACGCAGCGUGCGCUGCCUGCAAGUUCCAGCGUCGGAAAUGCGCUGUGGACUGCUUGCUGGCGCGUGAUUCCCUACAAACCAACCCAGGCGUUUUGCGAACGCGCACAGGCUCUUCGGAGUAGGGAAGAUAUUGAGGCUCAUACGAGAGAAUCGGAGCUCCGUCGAGGAUCUUAUGAACAGUGUGUGCUUCGAGGCUAACGCUCGGGAACGAGAUCCUGUCAAUGGAGUGUACGGGACAUUACGAGAUCUUCAGCGAGAGGUCGAGAGACUGGAGGAGAACAGAACGGCUUGGGCCGAGAAGCUUAGGUUACUGUUGCUGGAGGAUGCUGCUGCCAACAAUGUCAACAACGCACCGCAUACCCAUACUGCAUACAACGCGGUUCCUCCAGAUUAUAACGCACAUGCACGGCCUACUCAGGUCGCCUUCACAGAGACAACGCCAGCGCUGCAACAGCAACAACUGCAUUACAUUCAGAUGCCCCAGCAGCAGAUGGGUUCUCUAGAGUAUUUUGUUAGAGUAUUUUGUUAGUUCUAACGCCGGUGGUGGAGGCUUUCCUCCGGUGCAAGCAUCGGACGUGUCGACCUCUCAUCCACUUAUGCUCAUCACAGAGAGAAGUGCAGAAGUGCCUCUUCUUCGUACACUGGAACAGCAGCGAGAGACUUUCUCUCCCUCACAAACAACUCUAAGUCUCACUUUUAUUGACUUUUUUUUUAAAAAGAUGCAGAUAAUACAGAAUCUGCGCACAUACAGUGUCUUCCCAGGAUUUUAUAUUUUAUGACAGUGUCUUCUCUAGCCGUAGGGCUCGAGCGCAGGAAUGGCGCCCAUUUUGAUCAU